AUGGCAGAUUUGAACGAAAUUGACGAUGGUCAAUCUUCGAUCACUGAUGGCACUUGUAAAACCUAUCGCCUACCUUGGUCAAAAUAUGACAACAUUUUUAAAAUAAUUGAUCUAAAAGAAGAUUUUCAAACGUAUCAAAAAUUCAAUGUUCGUUGUAAAUAUUGUGCUUCGUCCAAACUACUGACAGCAGACACAAGGACUAGUUCCAAUUUAUUAAAGCACUUAGAGAUGCAACAUAAAAAUAUUUGGACAUCACAAAAUGAAAAAUUUGUUCAAACUAAACUCAAAAGAAAAACUGAUGACUGCAUCAAUGAGAACUUCCAUUCAAAUCAUAAAUUGGAGAUAAAUGAAAAAAAACCAAGGUUACGACGAUAUUAG